UAAAAAAUACCAAUCAAGGACUUCUUAUUACCUUAACAAAUAGCCAUAACAAGGUGCAGUACCUUCGGCAGAGAUGGGAAUAUUGUUUUUUACUAGGAGAUGAGAGUUCGUAAAUGGUACAAAGCCUUUCGGUUAUUCCGUUUAACGAAGAGAUGUGUAGUAUUUUAUACGCUGUGUGUGUUUGUCGCCCUCGAAAUUGUGUUUUUUACCAAAAGCGCGAUAUUCGUUUACCAAGGACGAAAAGGACGUCGUACUUGUGCCUUGAACAGUUCACUCUCCAUAAGUCAUCCAAAUACCAACGUGAACAGUUCAGAUGUGUGUGAAUCGCAACAGCUAUUUGCAGAAAAAGGUAUCGCAAAAUACUUGUCGGGAAUUUGGCAGAGUGCAAAAAAAUCUAAUGAAAGGCUCAGGAAAAAAUCGAAGAUGGAAGAAAUCGAAGCUGAUAAAACAAGAAUGGAUGGAAAGCUUCCUGAUAUGGAAAACAAUUUUUACCCGCCCGUGGAUUUUCGACUGGUAACCCCGUUCGUAGCGCCGAGAGCUGAUGACGAGAACUACUUUCUUGUGAUCAUGGUACAUUCAGGAGUACAUUCACCAGUACACAGGCAUCGCAGAGAUGCUAUACGACAAACCUAUGCCAACGAAACGUAUUCUCAAGGCAACAGAUUGCUGUUAUACAAGGUGAUUUUCGUUCUUGGAUUUAGUGAAGACGACACUAUAAACAACGGAACAGCACACGAAGCUUUAGAGAACAAUGAUCUUAUAAUAGGAGACUUCAAAGAUAACUACAUUAAUCUUAUUAUAAAAGUGUUCAUGGGAUUCAAAUGGAUACACGAGAAUCUCAGAACGCAGUUUGUGGCGAAGUGUGAUGACGACUUCUAUCUGAAUGUACCCCGUAUUUUGGACUCUCUUUUAACAACACCUCACCAUCAACGGUUCUUUGCCGGGCGUGUGUGGUGGAAAGCCUACGUCCUUCGUGACAUCAAGAGUAAACACGCAAUAAGCAAACGGUACUACGACAAGAAAUUUUACCCGCCUUACUGCGAUGGCUUCUAUGUAUUCACCACUAACCUCCUUCCCCAUUUCAUCAACCUGACAUCUAAAUAUCGACCGUUUCAUGUUGAAGACGCCUACCUGGGUAUUUUAUUAAAGCACAUGGGUGUUACGCCGACGCCGUUUGGGGGUAUAACAUUGAGUGAAUGGAUAACUGGACAUAUACCAAAUGUGAAGAAUUGCUCUUGGGCCACCAGUACCGUGGUAGGCCACAAGCUAGACGCCUCACACAUCCAUGACUUGCAUAGCCGGAUUAGGGCGGUGAAUCCUGAAAAGUUGGGACCCGACGACUGGGAUCUUUGCGCUUAUACCAAAUAGAUCAACUCUACUAACUUUGCGCUACAAGAUCAGCUUUAUCAGAACCUUUGCAGAAACCCUUAAUAGAUCAACUUUACUAGAAACUUUGCGCUAUAAUAAUUCUAGAUAUAUCAACUCUUUUUUAAACUUUGCUGUAAAUGUAGAUGGAUCCACUUUCCUAAUAACUCUGCCACACCUAGAUAUCAGAGAUCUAUCAGGUCUGCUAAAGACUUUACCCUAAUCUUGAAUAUGAGCAUCAACUAACUGAUUCUAAAUAAAUCAUCCCAAAGAAAUCUUA